GUGGGCGGAGGAGAAAUCGCGUCGGCGGCAGGGGAUGACGUACAAAGGCCGCGCUGUACUGCGGCUUGUGCCCCUUCCGCAAGAAGGUUUCCGGGCCUGUUGCAGCCAUGGUGCAUUGCAGUUGCGUGUUGUUCAGAAAGUAUGGAAAUUUCAUCGAUAAGCUAAGACUCUUCACGAGGGGAGGAUCCGGUGGAAUGGGUUAUCCUCGUUUAGGUGGAGAAGGUGGAAAAGGUGGUGACGUCUGGGUUGUAGCCCAGAACAGAAUGACUUUAAAACAACUUAAAGAGAGGUAUCCUCAGAAACGGUUUGUGGCUGGAGUAGGAGCAAACAGCAAAAUUAGUGCACUGAAAGGCUCCAAAGGAAAAGACUGUGAAAUCCCUGUGCCUGUGGGUAUUUCAGUAACUGAUGAAAAUGGUAAAAUUAUAGGAGAACUCAAUAAAGAAAAUGACAGAAUUUUGGUAGCUCAAGGAGGUCUUGGUGGUAAAUUACUUACAAAUUUCUUACCAUUGAAAGGCCAGAAACGAAUAAUUCACCUUGAUCUAAAACUUAUAGCUGAUGUAGGCCUAGUAGGAUUCCCAAAUGCUGGAAAAUCCUCUUUGCUAAGUUGUGUUUCUCAUGCAAAACCUGCAAUUGCAGAUUACGCAUUUACAACAUUAAAGCCUGAACUUGGAAAGAUAAUGUACAGUGAUUUCAAACAGAUAUCAGUAGCUGAUCUUCCGGGUUUAAUAGAAGGAGCACAUAUGAACAAAGGAAUGGGCCAUAAAUUCCUCAAGCAUAUAGAAAGAACUAGACAACUACUUUUUGUUGUUGAUAUUUCUGGAUUUCAGCUUUCUUCUCACACUCAAUAUAGGACAGCUUUUGAAACCAUAAUACUGCUUACAAAAGAGUUGGAAUUGUACAAAGAGGAACUUCAGACAAAACCUGCACUCUUGGCAGUUAAUAAAAUGGACUUGCCAGAUGCCCAAGAUAAGUUCCAUGAAUUGAUGAGCCAGCUCCAGAAUCCUAAAGAUUUUCUGCAUUUAUUUGAAAAAAACAUGAUUCCAGAGAGGACUGUAGAGUUCCAACAUAUCAUCCCCAUAUCUGCAGUUACUGGAGAAGGAAUCGAAGAAUUAAAGAAUUGUAUAAGAAAGUCACUGGAUGAACAGGCCAACCAGGAAAAUGAUACACUUCAUAAGAAACAGUUGCUUAAUUUGUGGAUUUCUGAUACAAUAUCUUCUACUGAGCCACCAUCAAAGCAUGCUGUUACUACUUCCAAAAUGGAUAUAAUUUAAAUAUAUUAAAAAUGGUAUUGAUGGAACAGUAUUUAAUGCUUAAAAACAAGGAAAUCCUUUCGUCUGUGACAACCUGGAGGACAUGUUAAGUAAAAUAAGCCAGGCUUAGAAAGACAAAUGCUGCAUAAUCUCACUGUGGAAUCUUAAGUUGAACUCAUAGAAGGAGAGAAUAGAAUGGUGGUUAUCAAGGGCUGGUGGGGCAGUGGAGGAUUGAGGAGAUAUUGGUCAAAAUUUACAAAAUUUCAGUUAGACAAGGCAACUGAGUUCAAGAGAUCUGUUGUACAGCUUGGUGACUGUAAUUAACAACAACGUAUUUUGAAAGUCACUGAGUAAAUUUUAAGUGGUUUUUCCAAAAAAGCACAUAAGGUAAUGCACGUUAAUUAGCUAUAUUGAGCCAUUCCUCAAUGUAUAGAUAUUUCAAAACAUGUUACACAUGAUAAAUCCAGUUUUUCUACGUCAUUUUUUAAAAUUAUAUUUAAUUUUUUUAUUUUGAAAGUUUUUUCACAGAUCUUUUUUUUAGUAUUAUUACCUUCUGAUAUAUGUGUCAUUAUUGAAGAACCAUACCUUUUAAAGUUAUUAUUUUGUAAUUAAGUAUGUCAACAGUAAAAAAUAACCAGUGACCAGGCAUGGUGGCUCAUGCCUGUAAUCCCAGCACUUUUCGGAGGCCGAGGAGGGCAGAUCACUUGAGGUCAGGAGUUCAAGACCAGCCUGGCCAACAUGGCGAAACCCCGUCUCUACUAAAAAUAUAAAAAAUUAGCCAGGCAUAGUGGCGCAUGCCUGUUGUAGCCCCAGCUACUCAAGAGGCUGAGGCAGGAGAAUUGCUUGAACGCGGGAGGUGGAGGAUACAAUGAACCCGAGGUCGCGCCACUGCACUCCAGCCUGGGUGACAGAGCUAGACUCCAUCUCAAAAAAAAAAAAGAGCUAAAAAAUUACAUUUUACAAGUUUAUGGCCAGCCCACCUGUAAUAACAUUCUGUGAUAUUCCUUUACUUAGGAUGUCCCUAUUGAGAUCAUUUUUUAAAUUUAUGUGGAAGGAUUCUCUAGAUUAUUAUUAGAAUGAGAAAUUCAGUUUUGUUUGUUUUUGAGCCUGUCUUAUACCUGGUUGCACUAAAUAUAUAAUAGUUAUCUUUUGUGGAGACCUUAAAACCCUAAAUUUGAAUACAUGUUCAAUGAUAGUAAAGAUAUGACAGAAACUAGAAGAUAGAUGUUUAUGAUUUGAGCUUUUGGAAAAUUUUCGUUUCUUGAAUGUAAUAGUAUUUUUUCCUGAAUUGGAGGAGACUGAUCUAUAUUGUUUCAUUUUUCUUUUGUCCUAGUCUAUUUCACUUUCUUUUGUCAUAAUCUAUUUAAUUUCCCACUUUCUUAUUUUAGUAAAGAGAGAAUAAAUAGCAAGUGCAGGCCAGGCAUGGUGGUGCAGGCCGGACAUAGCGGUACAUGCCUGUAAUCCUAGCACUUUGGGAGGCCAAGGCGGGAGGAUUGCUUGAGCCCAGGAGUUCAUGCCUGAGCAACAUAGCAAGACCCUGGCUCUCUAUAAAACAGAAAAUGCAAACUUUAAUAUUAUCAACAAUCAAUAUAUUUUAAGAGAUUGCAAUUUCUAAGUUUCUACCUGAGUGUUUCACAAAUACAAACUGGACAUUUUCCCUUUAAAUGAGUUUUAUUAUAAAAUGUACAUAUUGAUUGUAAAAACAAAAAAUUCAAAUAGUACAAAAGCUUAUAAGUAACUAAUAAAAGCUCCCUUUCUGCAUUAGGCCCCUCAGUUCUUCCCAGGGAAAAUGAUUAAUAGUUUACGUUCUUGCAGAAAUUUUUUAUGUAUAAAUUUUUACCCAAAUGAAUUCAUUAUAUAAAUUUUUUCCAACUUAAUGUUUUUUUACAUAAUAGUAGCAAGUUAAAAAAUUGUACUUCAGGCCAGGCGCGGUGGGUCACGCCUGUUAAUCUCAGCACUUUGGGAGGCUGAGGCAGGAAGACCACUUGAGGUCAGGAGUUCAAGACCAGCCUGGCCAACAUGGUGAAAACCCAUCUCUACUAAAAUUCAAAAAUCAGCUGGGCAUGGUGGCGCAUGUCUGUAAUCCCAGCUACUCGGGAGGCUGAGGCAGGAGAAUCACUUGAACCCGGGAGGCGGAGGUUGCAGUGAGCUGAGAUUGCACCAUUGCACUCCAGCCUGGAGGACAAGAGGGAGACUUCCUCUCAAAAAACAAAAAAAAAAUUGUACUUCAAAAAAUUAUUCUUCAAUGCUAUUUUUAAAUUACUAGAAAUUAUUUUGGAAUUUAAUGUUGCAUACUGCCUGAGAUAUGGCUGUUCACCCUUUGGUAAAGUAUUAAAGAAAAAUAAUGCAUUGUUCUCAGCUUAAA